GAGUCGGGAAUCCGAGGAGUACAUUGACACAUACAAACUACACAAGUGCUCCUAAUGCCAAUGUGCUACCGAAUAUUUUGUUUCCGUUUGCUAAUGUCCUCUUCCACUGCGGACUCCGUGUCGGCCCACUCCAAUAUGCUAACAUCGUCUCUUACACCCGUCUUAACUUGCCUAAACACCGAUACCCAAGAAAUACCCGGCCGUCGGGAAUAAUUAGGGGCUUCGACCACAUAGCCACAAGGUACCGCUCAAUUAAGCUAAUACGCUUCGAGAUGACAUGCGUAAGGAAUAUAUUAUCUGUUUCAUCAUCAUCUUACAGGUGUUUCAGAGAUCAUUAGUUUCAAGAAACCCGUGCUUAUGCACGACCCACUGCUAACGAUGAUCCUGAACGACUAUUGAGCAUGCCAAGCCGUGACCAACCGGAACGGCAUUUGGGAGGGUCGUAAUGUCUCAACGACAUGCGCUGAUGUAUGCCGAUUCGGUCCUUUUGGAACUGUUUUAUGUCUUCAGCCAGGUAUAUAUGAGGUCCAAUAAUUAGAUGUCGCUCUCGUUGACAGCGAUAUUCCCCCUGUUAACUCUCCACGAAUCUCAACAAUAUGCCUAUUGUCUCUGUCCAAGAACUCAUUGCUGCGAAACCCCACUACCUUAUCAUCGGUGGUGGGACUACUGGUCUAGUCGUCGCAGCUCGCCUCAGCGAGGACCCAGACACCGUGGUCGGUGUUAUAGAGGCCGGCGAUUACCACAAAGACGAUGCCAACGUCAAUGUACCCGGGUUUGCCAGUCGUAACCUGUUCAAGCCCGAUUUCGAUUGGUCCUUUGUCAGUGUACCUCACGAGGGCAUAAACAAUCGACCUAUCCCUCAGCAUCGGGGUAAAGGUUUGGGCGGUUCAUCUCUGCUCAACUUCACCGCCUCGGUGCGACCCGCCAAGGCAGAGCUGGACGCUUUGGAAGCGUUAGGCAAUCCAGGAUGGAAUUGGGACAAUCUUUGGACGUAUAUGAAAAAGAGCGAGCGUCUUCAACUUCCUGAACUAUCAAAGGAGGACUCAUUACGAUACUCCGCUUCACCUAAUCCCAAAUUUCAUGGGACCAAUGGCCCAGUUGCGAAGUCAUAUACCUCCAACUUAUUUGAACCGUUCCCAGCAUUCAUGGAUACUCUUGAAAAGCUCGGAUUGCCUCGUAACCCUGAAACCGGCGGAGGAGACACGAUCGGCAGUCUACUUUUGCCGACGUCAGUGGAUAAGAAGGAUUGUACGAGAUCGUACUCCGCGUCUGCUUAUUAUGCUCCGAACGCGGAGAGGCCCAAUCUCUUGGUUGUGACUGGUGCGCAUGUUGCAAAAAUAAUUCUUGAGCCGUCGCGAAGCGGUUUGCAACGUGCGAUUGGUGUCGAGUUCGUCAAGAAUGAAGAAACCUAUAGAAUUGAUGCUUCAAAGGAGAUCAUUCUCUCAGCUGGCGCUUUCCAGUCUCCACAGAUCUUGGAGCUAUCUGGUAUCGGAAACAAGGAUAUCCUGAAGAAACACGGUAUUGAGACUCGUAUCGACUUGCCUGGUGUGGGAGAGAACCUUCAGGAUCAUGCGUACGUGCCGACGAUUAUCGAAGUGGACCAGAAGGUCCAGACUAUGGAGACGAUAUACGAUGAACAAGAAUUUGCUCGCCAACUUGAACUUUAUAAAGACGGAAAAGGCCUCUUCACAGCAUUACCUUCGAACCUCUGCGCGUUCAUCCCAGCACAUACUUUCGCCGAAAGUGAAGACCUGGCAAGAUGGAAAUCACAGGCUCGCUUGGAAGCCUCGUCUCCCGACGUAUUUGCAAAUACGCCUGAGAGCGUGAAGAGAGGUAUCCAGAAGCAGUACGAACAAUUGGCUAAAUGGGUCGAUGACCCUACGGCUCCAAUGGCUCAGAUUCUGAGCCUUUACAUGCACUAUCCUAUCCCAGGUCUCCCCAUCGAUCCCUCUAAACGUUACAUGUCCGUCUUCGGUUCUUACACCCACCCCUUCGCGCGAGGCUCUGUCCACAUCACCUCAUCAUCCCCAUUUGCUCAUCCUGCUAUAAAGAUGAACUACCUCAGUAAUCCGGUGGAUGCAGACGUCCUCCUCAAGAUGCAACGGCUAUUGUUGAAGAUGUAUGAGACGGAGCCGGGUAACAGCGUUGUCAAGAACAUAGUUCUUCCUCCCAAAGGAACCGAUACUGAUUCUGCGCUUACCGAACAUGUGAGGAACUAUCUGAAUACGAUAUAUCAUCCUGUUGGGACUUGUGCGAUGACCCCGAGGGAAGAUGGAGGCGUCGUGGAUAGUAAGCUCAAGGUGUAUGGGACGGAGAAUCUUAGGGUGAUGGAUUGCUCCAUCUUACCGUUAGAGGCGUCCAAUAAUAUUCAGACUCUGGCUUAUGCCAUUGGUGAAAAGGGAGCGGACAUAAUCAAAGGCGUGGUCUAGAAUCUAGAUUAGCUUUGGAAACCACGGUUGACGAAGUAUGAAUGGUUUCAUCUGUCGACUACUGUCAAUGGAGUAGCUCCUUUAUACGCCCUGCAUAGAGAUCUAAUGCCUUCCAAUAAUGUUAGUGCUUUAGAUGGACAUCGCAGUAGCACAUGAAUAUCGUCAAU